AUGGAUGAAGUCUGGGUUGUCUAUCUGUGUAUGGUUCUGUUUGCCAUCAUCGUUAUUUUGAUGAGGCAGAAGCCCGAUGAUGAAAUCAGGAAAGAGACAGAGACGCCAAGCGCCUCUGCUUCAACCUCAUCCUACUCUAGCAGUUCUGGAAGUCGUAUGGAAUGCAGUGAGGAGGAGAUGGAAGCAUCCCUGAAGCGACUAAACAGCAUCUUGUUCCAUGCUGAUGCACAGAGGGAACCCCAUCAUGAGUACAACACCUCUGCCCAUCAGAAAGACACAGCAGGAAAGGAGCUAGGAGAAUCCCAGCCUCAGCUAAGUCAGAGGAGAAUUCAGGUACUGUACAAAGGCCCAGAAAUUAUGUUGAGAUGUGCCCCAACAAUAUGAAGCUUUUGGGCUGCAAUGGCUGUGCCCUGGAUACAGAGGGUACAGUGGUACCUCAGGUUAAGAACUUAAUUCAUUCUGGAGGUCUGUUCUUAACCUGAAACUGUUCUUAACCUGAAGCACCACUUUAGCUAAUGGGGCCUCCUUCUGCUGCUGCGCCGCCGCUGCACAAUUUCUGUUCUCAUCCUGAAGCAAAGUUCUUAACCCGAGGUACUAUUUCUGGGUUAGCGGAGUCUGUAACCUGAAGCGUCUGUAACCUGAAGCGUAUGUAACCCGAGGUACCACUGUAUAGUGUUGGGCUGUAUGGAAUCAACAGCCCUAGUAUCGGUUUCAGCAUGACCAAGGAAUUCAACCAGUAGGCCCUUAGGGUGUGGUGGGUGAUCACAGGAUCAAUUGACACAGAUCAGUUACCUCUUAAACCUGGUUUAACUACACCAGAAAUGUUGUUAGCCUGACUAACACAUGUAUACUUUUUAUCCUCACAACAGCCCUGUGGGGUAGGUUGGGCUGAGAGACAGUGAUUGGCCUCAAGUCACCCAGUAGGCUUCAUGGCUGAGCAAACCCUGGCUUCCAAGCUUCCAGUCUAGCACACUAAACUCUCUGCCAUUGACAUUUACACUUACUCUUAGGCUGCAUUUAGUUUACAUUUGAAAUAAAGCAUAUUGUGACUUGGUGGGCUAGAUUGAUUUAAAUCGUGGCUUACACUAUCAAGGGGAGGAGGGAAGGCUGAUUUAAAUCAUUGAUUUAUACUGAUUGGUUGGUUUUCAGAUUGAUAAUGUUCUUCAUAUAUUUCCUAAACAAAGGUGCAGUUCCAAAACCAAUAAAUAAAGUAGGUCUUAUUGGAGGGAUGAUCAAAUUGUGUUCUUUCUUUUUUUUUUCAAUUAACACAGACAGAAAAGCCUCCUUUAACUGAAAUAUCUGGUAGAGGCCAUUGGCUGAUUUGGUUUAGAGAGUAACUGUAACACUGAGCUGUUUACAAUAAAGCUGUUUAAUAUUAACCAAGUUAUUAUUUAAUAUAAAUUCCGGGUUCAAAAAAACACCUCCAAUUGAAAUCUCAUUAAAAAAUUAAAAUAAAAAAAUGAUUUUCGUCCACCCCAUGACUUGGCAGCAUUAGAAACAUAAGUUUGCAUUUCUGUGUCUACUUAAUUUGCUGAGUGAGCUUUUCAAGUCCAGUUUUAGCUCCAGUAAAUGGUUUCAGGUGUCACUUCUCUCUCUAAAAGCCAAGCUAUGUCUCAGAACAAAAAUAUGAUAUAGCCCACAUGAUAUAGCCCUCGUCUUCCUCAGCAUGAUGCCCUCUAAAUCCUUUGAACUACAAUUCCCAUCAACCUCAGCCAGCACAGCUGUGCUCCCCACCCCUUCCAGUAGCUUGGUCAACACAAGAGUUUCUUCAGGAUGGGGACAGUUUUUCUCAACCCCCAAUAACAAGCGCCUGAUGAAAUGUUCCUCUGUGUGUCUGCUAACUGCACUGUGAUCUUCAGAUGAAAGGCAGGAUGUACUUUUAACAACUAAUAAUAAUAACUAAAUGCAUCCUGUUUUUCCUUUCACUCUGGUCACUUCAGGGGUGUAUUUCAAGCUGACAUUUAAGAGCUUCAGAUGGCAAAAACUUUCAACAAACUCAGUGCCGAUAAAUCUGAUCAAAUAAAUGACAGGUUCAUUUAAGAAUACUGAACAUCUAUGAAUAAAAGUACAUAGAAAGCUGUCUAUGUACUGAAUUAGACCAUUGGUCCAUCUAGUUCAUUAUUGCUGACACUGACUGGCAGCAGCUCUUUUGGACAGACGACUUUCCCAGCUGGAGAUGCUGAAACAGCCAUCCUUUGAAAUUCACACUUAUCCCACACAUUUCCAUGUUAUUUGCAAAUGGAUUUUAUUUGGAUGCAAGUAUGUAAUGUGAAGGGACACAGGUGGUGCUGUGGGUUAAACCACAGAGCCUAGGACUUGCCGAUCAGAAGGUCGGCAGUUCGAAUCCCCGCAAUGGGGUGAGCUCCCGUUGCUUGGUCCCUGCUCCUGCCAACCUAGCAGUUCGAAAGCACGUCAAAGUGCAAGUAGAUAAAUAGGUACCGCUCUGGCGGGAAGGUAAACUGCGUUUCCGUGCGCUGCUCUGGUUCGCCAGAAGCGGUUUAGUCAUGCUGGCCACAUGACCUGGAAGCUGUACGCCGGCUCCCUCGGCCAAUAAAGCGAGAUGAGCGCCGCAACCCCAGAGUCAGCCACGACUGGACCUAAUGGUCAGGGGUCCCUUUACCUUUACCUUUACCUUUACCUAUAUAACGUGAAAUAAGCACUAAACUUGCACUAUAUUCUGCUGUAUUUCUGGAAGUGGCAUUUGCAUCAUGUGAAAGCUCAAAUUAUAAUAGGAGAAUUAACAGGAAAAUGUUGUGAAAAAGUAAUAAAUUUCUGUGUGAAUGCAGCCUUAGACUACAACCUCUUUCCUCCAACUUUUCCUCUCCCACUCUGCAAUAUGGGGCUAAUAAUUCUGGUCAUCCUUUCUGGGUUGUUUCCAUAAUUCCUAAGCCCCUAAGAAUUCACUUUGGACACACUGGCGCCCAAUAUAAAUGUAUGUUUAAUCUAGAGUUUUUAAGAGUGUUCUUUUUAGGGUUUCUUCUCUCUCUUAUUUGAAGGAAAGGCACAGCAAGGAAUCAGAAUGCUGAAACUCAUUUAUUUUAGCAAAAUGCCUUAUUUCUUGUUGAGUAUGCCCCAGCAGAUAUCUGUGCUCUUUCUGCUUAAUUUGGGUGGAGUCCCCUGGACUUUUUCCAUGCUUCUAUUUGUGCAUCUUGUUUUGCAAGCUUGUGUCUAUUUUCUUUCCCGUAAAGUCUUACAGUGUUUUCCAUGCCUAAUGAUUACCUCAUCUGUCAGAUGAUACAUCCUUGCCGGGAACGGGGGGGGGGGGGAUCUUUGCAGAGAUGGGAUCCUUUGCCCAAGAAUUACAGGAACGAGAAGUCAAUGUUUCCCCUCAAUUUCUAGGCUUCAGCUGUGAGGGGCUGUUGCUUACAUAGCCCAUUGCACAAGAGAAACAUUUGCAGAAGUAAAAACAAAAAAAUUAUGGGGUGAAUCACUCUGAUCACUGACUCAAUAUUCAUUGAGUGCGCAGAUAUUCGGGGGGGGGGGAGAACCCUGCAAAUUGGGGUGGGGUUGGAGGAAUGGAUUCGAAUGUGCUGGAAAAGGGCAAAACUAGCUGACUGGGAUUUACCGUAUUUUUUGCUCUAUAAGACUCACUUUUUCCCUCCUAAAAAACAAGGGGAAAUGUGUGUGCGUCUUAUGGAGUGAAUGCAGGCUGCGCAGCUACCCCAGAAGCCAGAACAGCAAGAGGGAUCGCUGCUUUCACUGCGCAGCGAUCCCUCUUCUUGUUCUGGCUUCUGAGAUUCAGAAUAUUUUUUUUCUUGUUUUCCUCCUCCAAAAACUAGGUGCGUCUUGUAGUCUGGUGCGUCUUAUAGAGCGAAAAAUACGGUAUAUGUUUGUUUUAUUCCGCAUUUUACACACACAAUGUCUCAAAGUGAGUUGCAACACUAUAUAAAAUGCAAGAUGCUUAGACUCCGUUAAAUCCAGGUGAAUAAGAAGCCAAUAUAUGUUUUCCCUGGUCUGCAAAGAAAACCUAUUGAGUUCUCAAUUUUCCCAGGGUCUUUGAAAGGUGCAGUUCACGCCCUGCAGCAUUGAAUUACAGUUAACCUUUUGCAGGAACGCUGGACUACCCUGUUGCGAUCGGAUAUGAUAUUUGGCAUGGCGCUUUAUAAAUACUUUUUGAGCCUUGAAUCAAAAUAGAUCAAGCUAAUUCUGUUGCUAUGCAUUUGGCACCUGAGAAACAUUUUGAAAAUGUGGCUUACCACCUGCCUGUGGUCUCCCUGUCUUUUUAGUAUCUUGCAUGGUUUUGACAUCACCCACUGCAUGGUGAACUUAACCACAGUGAGGCAGUGGCUAAGUACAUCCAGCCUCUGCCUGAAGCAAGAUGAGCGCCGGCACCCCAUAGUCAAGUCUGACUGGACUUCACCAUCCAGGGGUCCUUUACCUUUACCAUACAUGCAUGCACAUACAGCCCACUACCCUAGGGUAGUGCAAAAUAACCUGUUCUUGUUUUCCUUUGCAGGUCUGAAAUCACUGAUGAAUUUUAGACAGCAGCAUAUGGUGAGCAUGUUCUGAUUUUCAUUUGGGGCUGCUGGGCUCCUUCAACUGACCUGUUUGUUGAGCAUCCAACCAGAUUUGCUUGUGGGGCAUCUUUCCAUUUAAUCAUUUGUUGCAUUUUUCAGUGCAUUUCCCCAUCACUUUCCUAGCAGCGAAAAAUAUUUCCCGCUCCACAAAGUGGAUUUGUUGCACUAGGGUGACAAAGCACUUUAAUUGCGCAAACCUUAAUUUCUGGUAUACAUUUGACUUCUUCUUGUGAAAUAGUGGAGUCUAGAGGCACCAACUCUUGUGUGUGCAAAAUAUGCAUUUUGGAACCUGUUGGAAGCAUCUCUGCUAUUGCCUUUCACUUCUUUGUUCCCUUCUAACAAACAUUGAGGGAGGUGCCAACACAACAGCCAUCAAGGAUUUGGACAUCUUACCGUGAAAAGCAAGUAGGUGGGGAAACACCACAUCAUAAAAUAUGAACUCCUUAAGUCAGCGACACACACAUACACACAUCUUUUAUAAGUCCUCCUCUGCUCAACUUGCUGUGUUGCUUACACUGCAAUCAACUGAAUGCAACCAACAAAGUUCAGGAACCGCCCCCCCCCCCCCGAUAUCUCGCAUUAUCAAUAAAAAUAAACAAAUGCAUAAGCAAAGGACCUACCCAUGUGAUGCAGACACAAACCCCUACACUAACAGUAGGCAACUGAAUGAAAGAACAAUACCCCCAUCUCUCUCCCCCCCAACCCCAACUGCAAGAAGCCUAUGACAAAAGUGUCUCUCACUAAAUGUAAACAAACUGAAAAAGACCAAGAAUUGAAAGUCGAGACAAUAGAUGUACCGUUCCCUGUUUAUCUGUUUGUUUUGUUGCACAAAAACAGCCUUUAAUAAAAAAAUAUUUUUUAAAAAAUACUUGGUAUGUGGAUCUUAUGGAUACAGCUUUACACUCAACCAUAAACUGAGUUGGUUCUAAGGAUGAAAGGAUCACUAACUUUUGGUUCUCUCAGUUUCUAAUUUUGUCAGACUUGAAUUUGUUGGUUCAAGGAAAAAAUAGGGAUAUAGAAGGGAGACUUCCUGGAUGCAAAGAUCCAGGUUUGGGACAAGCACUCUUUAGUGAGAGAACUCCAGCAGAGAUUUAAAAUCACAAAAUACGCAGCAAACGUGGAAAUAUAGGCUAUUAGACCUUUAAAAUAUGCCCUUCUGAAUUCCAAAACUCUCUUCUUCUCCUAGCAUAGAAAAAGACCACAUGUUUGGUAAGUUAUAAAUGGUUUACUUAAAACUCUCCAAAGGUCAGAUUCAUGUGCUUUUCCAUACAUCAGUCAGAAAAGUUGCACAAGCAGUAAAACCUGGCUUAGUUGCAAAAUGGUAAAAGUUCCUAAAUUAGUGGUAUAGCAACUCAGUAGGGGCAGCUUAAAAGCCUCUUCACAUGCUGAGUUCAUAGAAUAGACUGGGAGAGGAACAAAGGCUUUAUUAUCUAGUCCAGGCAUAGGCAAACUCAGGUCCUCCAGAUGUUUUGAGACUACAAUUCCCAUUAUCCUUGACCACUGGUCCUGUUAGCUAGGGAUGAUGAGAAUUGUAGUUUUUUCUAAAACAUCUGGAGGGCCAGAGUUUUCCUAUGCCUGAUCUAGUCCCUUCCAAGGUGAGCUAAGCCUGGCAGGACACCUUACUCUAUGGUCUUAACCCCUUCACGUAUUAAGUAUAAAUUUGUAUGUUGGCUAUUUCAGGCUGGUUAUCCCAUAGAAUUCAGUUCUCCACAUUUUGCAGUAAUUUGUGUUUAAAAAUUUUUUAAUCCUCAUGAAAAUUCACCAGCAUUUUAGUGUGAAAUUAUCUUAAUAAACACAUUUUAUAUGCAGUUUUGACAAUGCAUCUGAUUCCUCCCCUUCCCCUUAUCAUUAUGCCAGGCUGCAUAGACCAACUUUUUAGAAACAUGAUUACAUAUUGGCUGAUAGUUUUCAGGCCACUGAUGUGUCUCAGAUUUGGACACAACAACUUGGGAGACCCAGCUCCCCACCUAGAAAGAUACUUUGCCUCUCCUACCCCCCCCAUCUUUUUUUCUUUUUCUUUCCUGAUGCAGCCGUAGGAAAUGCUCUUCCAAUAGAGAUUCAGCAGGUGUCUUCCAUAUUGACCUUUAAACAUUUGCUGAAAGGUUUUAUUUGACACCAGGCUUAUGCAGACAAUUAAGCUAAACACCUUCUGCAAUUUUUAGCUGGUUAUCUGUUUUUUCUGUUUUAUUGGUUUUUAUUGUUUAUGAAAGAUUGCUGUAAAUUGCUUUUAAAAAAAUAUGAAAUUGUAGUAUACAAAUAUAUUUAUGAAUGAAUAAGCUGAAACAAGCCCAAAUCAAGUCCAUGGGGUACGUGCAUCCCCUCUCGGCGUCUGUCUUUUGGGGGAAGCUUAGAAGGUUUCACUUCUGUUUUUGUUAAGCACAGAUUGCCCCAUGGGGAAUUGUGGUGAGUUUAAAAAAGCUAACUUUAGAAAACAUUGAUUAAAGUUGGUUUAAUGUGCAACCACAGUUUGUAGGUCCAGACAACACGGGAAAAGCUUCCCAAAUCCUUCUCUGGUGCGGCACAGGAAGAAGGAAGGGGGGAAUACAGGAGGCUAGGUCUACCUAGUUGUCAUUCCAGCUUGUGCACAUCACACUAAACUAUGGUAUGUGUGCAACUACAGCCAUUGUGGGAGGCAAGGGAGAUGAUGUAGAGUGGUAAAGAACACGGCUGGCAUGUAGGUCUUAGGUGCAGUCACCUACUAAAGGAUCUAUCGUGGUAGAGAAAAGACCCCUGUUGAAGACCCUAGACACCCCAAGCCAGAAUAUAUUUGGAGCUAAUCGAGACCCAACUAGGGAAGCAAGUACAUUCUGUAUGCCCAAUUCUGGUUUAUAGGAGGAGAGCAUGGAGCCUUUUCUAGUUGUUGUUAUCACAGAAGCAAAAAGCCUUAAUUACAAAGCAUCUGCUGGGACAUCACUCUGUUAAAUGCCUGCUUAAAAGCAGGUCAUGAGGGAGUCAGACCCAGCUAGUGGAGACUGGUUUAUUAAGAUGAACAGAGCACUGCCUCACUGAGCUCAGUCUGCCUCAGAUGGCUCUGGGAAAGGCUGCCUAGAGGUGACACUAGCUGUCACGUUCUUAAUUGGACUGCCACCAACAACUGGCUAAUCAGGGCCUUGCUUUUCAGGUGAUCCAAGUGAUCCUCUAAGGAAAUAGGUGUUUGUGUUGUUUAUAAAAGUGUUUCUAUAUUUCCAUAUCGUAUCACACCAAGGCAGUGUACCAUGUUACCACAUAAAACACAAUUUAUUGUUAUUUAUUUUUAAUGCAGGAUUGUUAAGGUGACCGGCUAAUCAAUAAUAAAAAUUAAACAGCUGCAAAGGUCUGACAGCAUAUAAAAGUCCUCAGGAGACUCCUGGGACUCAAAAGCGAGGGUGCCCGAUGAGUCUCUGUUGGAAGAGUGUUCCACAGCUCAGGUCCUGCUUGUGGGCUACUGUGAGAACAGGAUGCUGGACUCCUGUUGGGCCACUGGCCUGAUUCAGCAGGAUCUGCUUAUCAUCUUAUAGGACCACUGUUACUAAAUGUCUGGCUCCUGGUUGAGGCCAGUUAGCCCCUGGAACACAGGGGAUAAUACUUCCUUGGAUAAUCUCAGCAACUUUAAGGUAUCCUGCGCACAAGUUGUUCAGGGCUUUGUAUAUCAACAGAAGAACCUUGAACGGGUCCCAGUAGCAUAUGGGCAGCUGGUCCACAUAACAUCACCGACACUUCGUUUGAUCAGACUUACCUUUGUUGAUAUCUACAGGAGCCUGACUAAAGGAACUUUAAAGACUGAAUCUUCCUUUUGGACACAAUUUGAAUGAGUUUUCUGUUUGUGGAUUCUGUAGUAGAUCUUGUACAUAGCUCUCUCAAUUUUUGGAUUAUUAAUAUAAGAUUUAGAAUGUAGAAUGGUUUGGUAGCGUUUUGUGUGCCACUUAUGUGCUGCUUACUUUAUACUGGUCUACUACAAGAAUUGGCAACAUAGGUUCAUUUCUUCAGUACACGUAUUUCAGCAGCAGUGCUGUGUGCUGCUGUCCAUCUGUCCCCAUCAGCAAUUUAGCUGCUACGGUCUGCUCCAGCUGCAGCUUUGUGUCCUCCAUUCCUCUCACUCCUGACUGAAUGUUCUCCUUGUUUCUCCUACAGGUUCAGUUCCCACUGUGCGCUGGUAGACGCUUGAAGCAAAUCUCACACACUUUCUCCAGAAGGAAGAGGCUUUCAAAGAAAGGAAAACAACAGGAUGUUUCUUUGCUCUUCCCACUUCCUCUAACAGAAACUGUGAUUUUGACCUAACAGUUAGUUAGGUUAUUCACUAAAGGCAAAUAUGCUGUUCCGAAGAAUUGAUGCUUUUGAAUUAUGGUGCUGGAGGAGACUCUUGAGAGUCCCAUGGACUGCAAGAAGAUCAAACGCAUCCAUUCUUAAGGAAAUUAGCCCUGAGUGCUCACUGGAAGGACAGAUCGUGAAGCUGAGGCUCCAAUACUUUGGCCACCUCAUGAGAAGAGAAGACUCCCUGGAAAAGACCCUGAUGUUGGGAAAGAUGGAGGGCACAAGGAGAAGGGGACGACAGAGGACGAGAUUGUUGGACAGUGUUCUCGAAGCUACAAACAUGAGUCUGACCAAACUGCGGUUGACAGUGGAAGACAGAAGUGCCUGGCGUGCUCUGGUCCAUGGGGUCACGAAGAGUCGGACACGACUAAACGACUAAAUAACAACAACAUACCCUCGCUGUUCCCUGACCUUGCUGAACAAAUUCCUCUUUCCCGCCUAGGUGGUUUUUAUAGCUGCAGGCUUAAACUCUGUCCCACCUGUGCUCACAACAAUAUGGUUCCCUGGAAACUCCCUAGACAUAGAGGUUCCUACUGUGUCCCUGUGACUCUCAAACUGCUACUGGAAAGUGUGUGCGAGAGAAAGAAAGAGAUAGAAAAAAAUAAUCUUCAGAAUGGGGGUGAAUUUCAGGCCUGGGGAUGGGAGGCAAAUGCAACCCUCCUGUCCAUUGGGAUUCUCCAAACACUUUCUCUUCUCGGGCCUUGCCCCUGUGAUAGGAAUUUUAUGGUCUUAGAUAUAUGGUAAUGUUCAUAAGUGUACCAACCAAGCACAUACAUAGAUCAGCACAGGAAGGCCAACCUGGAACCAUUUUGAUUUCUAAACUGAGCAAAUGUUUUCUCUGCAAAGUCAAAGUGGAAAAGCCUCCCCAUUGUCUUUUCCUUCACAAAUCCUGUCUUAAGGGUAUGUCUGUGUUUGAAUAGGGUGUGAGCCUGUGACAUGGCCCAGGAAUUAAGUAUUUAUCACUACGAAAGACUGGCCAGGGUUCCACAGGCAAUCCAAUCAAGUAACCUGCCAGACAGGAGAUAAACAAGGACAGGAGAAAAACAAUAUUAAAAUUUCUGUUUUAGACCGCCUUUUCUGUGAUGUAGAUGUGAUGUAUCUGAGGGGUGGUUACACCCCUUCUGUGACGUAUGUAUGAUGUUUCUGGGGGUGGGCUUGAUCUACAGGGUGGCAAUUUCAAAAGUCUUUUUAAGGCCUUGCGGGCCAUUUUUCUGGGUCCCUCCGCCGCUCCUGCGGGUGAGGGGAGCACCCUAUUGCAACAGAUCAAUAAAGUUCAAGCUUACUAGCUGCUUUGCUUCUCAAUAUUCUCGGGUUGGCCUCUGUUAUUCUCUCCUACCAAUAGGGAACCUAUGUAAGGACUCUAUAUGGGCUCUUGGAUACCCCAUAAGGGAAAAGGGCAAUUUUUGUUUACAACACCCCUCACCUGGUUGUUUUCACCUUGCUGGAAAUGCACCCUUGAACUCUGAUGAUGGCUAGAAGCAGGGUGUGGAAGCAUGUGUAAAAAUUUACAUCUGUUGCUCCACCCAUUUUUGCUUCUGGCCCCGCCUGCCAGUAGCACUCCCUGCCCCCGCCUCCCUUGCUCAGAAGGGAAUACGACCCUCCGGCUGAAAAGUUUACAUGUCCCUGGCUUGGAAGAUGCUACCAAAUAAUGAAUAUGCUCUGUGUGCAUAGCUGGGUGUUUUCAUUUUUCAAUCCUUGUGUGGCAUGACAAGCCCUACAAUUCAGCAGUUUUGUAUGAGGCCAGUCAGGUUCUCUGCUGUCCCCUGUGCAACCCCCCAGCAGCAAUUCCUUCCUGAACCAAAUAAAGCUGCGGUAAGUUGUGUUUGACUCCAAAUUUUUGUACAAGCUGCUUUGAGGCCAGUUAUGUUCCUAUUUAUCUGAGCUAGCCUAGUAUAAAUUACACAAAGCCUGAGCUGGAGGUAUUUGUACAAGCUGAUCCAGAUCAUACUAUCUAUCAGUGUGUCUUCCUCAUCCAUUUAGCUCCCAGAGUUUUCUUUCUUUGUCUUGGAGUUGCUAUGUUUGCUAAAAUAAUUCUGGUCCAGAUUGUUCAUCAUGAGCUAACUUCCUGCUCUUACAACAUGUCCGCAAGUAGCCUUUCCUCAUAAGAUGCUGAGAUUUUUUCACACAGCUAACAGGAAGUCUCUCUUCCUCCUUGGCCGCUAGAUGUUAGCGCCUUGCUAUGUGUGAAGUAACAAGCGUAAUCACUGAAGAUGGGUUAGUUAAACCUGCUAGCUAGCAGCACAUGGCACCUGAGGUAGGGGUAGGUAGAAAGAAUCAGUCCCCAAAUCAUCAUAACGCUUGUCAAAUGGCAGAAGCACCACAGCUCGGUGGUAGAGAACAUGUCUUCUAUGCAGAAGGUUCCAGGUUCAGUCCCAGACAUCCUCAGAUGGCUCUGGAAAAGGCUGCCAGAAGCAGUGGAAGGUCUCUGCACUAGGUAUGGAGAACCUUUGGCCCUCCAGAUGUUGCUGAACCACAAAUCCCAUCAUCCAUCACUGUUGGACAUGCUGGCAAAGGCUGAUGGGAGAUGUAGUUAAGCAAUGUCUUGAGGGUCAAAGGUUCCCUACACCUGCACCACAUGGCCAUCAUGCAGGUGUUAUUGGACUUUAACUUACACAUUUAUAAAACCUUAAUUUCUGUGUCAACAGUGUUCUUGACAGGCUUGAAAGCCCAGUGGGAAAGGGAUUUGGGUGUAAGGUAAAGGUAAAGGUAAUGAUCUCUGGACUAUGGGGUACAGCGCUCAUCUCGCUUCAGGCCGAGGGAGAUGGCAUUUGUCCAAAGACCGCUUUCUGGGUUAUGUGGCCAACUAAACUGCUUCUGGUACAACAGAACACCGUGACAGAAGCCAGAGUGCAUGGAAAUGCUGUUUAGCUUCCUGCUGCAGUGGUACCUAUUUAUCUACUUGCACUGGUAUGCUUUCAAAUGUCUAGGUUGGCAGAAGCUGGGACAGAGCAACGGCAGCUCACCCCGCCACACAAAUUCGAACCUUCCAAUCAGCAAGCCCAAAAGGCUCAGUGGUUUAGACAACCGCGCCACCUGUGUCCCUUGCAGAUUUGGGUGUACACAAAGAGGACAUUGCAUGAUCUGGGACAAAGCACCAUUUAGGUAUACCUCUGCAAUCAAUUGCUAUUAAGACUCUCUACCAGUGGUAUAUGCACCUGCUCCUUUUGAGCAAGAUAAACAGCAAUAAUGCAGCAUUAUGUUGGAGGAAUUGUGGGGACACUUAUUCUCUUGUGGUGGGAGUGUCCUUGAGUGCAUUCUUUUUGGACCAAGGUGUUUUGUGAGGCGGGUCUGAUUAACAACAAACCAUUCCUUUGGACCCUAAACCUGCCCUUUUGUCACUUUUUAACUCUGAUGCUUUGGACCUUUUUCAAAAAUACCUUGAUGGUACCACAGCUCACCACUGCAUCUCACGAUGGUGGCACAGCUCACCAUUGCAAACUAUUUGCAGCCUCUAGAAAGCGACCUUUAUGAAAUUCAAUGGACCAAAUUUUGGGACCUGAUACUGAUGGAUAAAUUGAACAGCAGAACAAACUAUAAACAUCCAUAAUUACAAUAUGCAAUGACAGAAAGUACUUCUUCAUAUAAGUUCAUAGUUAGACUAUGGCACUCGUUCCCAGAAGAUGCAGUGAUGGCCACUAACUUGGGUGGCUUUAAAAGAGGAUUGGACAAAUUCUUGGAGGAUAAGAUUGUCAGUUGGCUCCCUGCCAUGAUGGCUACGCUCCGUCUCCACAAUCGAGGCAGCUGUGUUUCUGAAUAUCAGGUUUUAUACCUCUGUCUGCUUCCCUCUCUGAAACUUUUAGUUUAAAAGCUCAGCUUUUUUGUGGCUUUUUAUUUGACUGGAGGGGUUGCCUUGGCGAUGGGAAGGGCGGUGUUUGUUUUUUGCCUGUGUACACACACUAUGCAUUUAAGUUACAUCGUGACUUCCCCAUAGAAAUCUGGGAACAUUGGUUUGUUAAGGUGCUGAGAAUUGUAGCUCGGUGAGGGGGGAAACUACAGCUCCCAGGAUUCUUUGUGGGGGGGAUGUCAUGUGUGUUGGAUGCGCUUUAGGGAUAAAAACUUACAAAUUCCAGUCGUUGCUAUAUAAAUCAAUCCAUUUUUGCGUGUCCUCAAAACGGAUCACUAUCCCUUAAAAUCCACAAACCUUUCCACCCGGAGUGAAUUAGACCCCCUGAUCAACUUACAGAAGGAAAGGGGAGGAGACUGGAGAAGCCACUGUUAAGCACCCGACCCCCUCCCCAAUCCUGUCCCCUUUUCUUAGUUCAUUUGGAUGAGAAAAUUCCUCUUUGCAAGGGGAGAGGAGGCUGGGGCUGAGCGGCUGGCGAAUGAGUAAGCGCGAGAAGAGAACCGCGUGUUUAUAAAGUCAGAGGAGGAUCCAGCGAGAACCGCAACAUAUUGGUUCACGUCCCCUCCCCACCCCAAAAAGUAUAUACAGUAGAGUCUUCUUUCGUUUCGCCCCAUUUUUCGUAAAGAGAGAGAGAGAGAGAGACACGCUUUUUUACAAGCGUCGUGUUUCCUCUUGCAAAGCGCGCAGGGUGGGGGAUAGAUGCGAUUUUUGAAAAGAAAGAAAGAAAAACGUGUUGCCUGAAAUCUGGUUGCGCUUUUGCAAGCCUUGAAUGAAUCGGGUCGGGUUGCGGAGAGGAUUGGUCCCCCUCCUCGAGGUAAGUGAGCAGAGGGAGUCGUGAAAUUUGUCCAGAUUUGGGGUGGGGAGCUACUCGUGUGUUGCCUGGCGUUGCAAAACCACACAACCCAGUUUCUCAACUCAGGCCAAGUGAAAAACAAAACCGCUUUACUUGGAUGUGUAAAAACCUCUCUCUGCUGGAAAAAACAGGAGGAGCGGAUCAGAGCCACUUGGAAGUUCGCUGAACUUCUGAAAAUCCGUGCGGCUUACCUGAAGUAGAUAGCUGACUUUUUUCGCGUUGAUUUUAAUGGAAACUAUGUCCAGCUGACUGAAUAUUUUAAAACUGCAUUAACAGGGUGUGUGUUCACGUUAGGGCCUUAGAGCUCAGUGAAGUUGUUCCUCACCUUCAUACCUUGCCGGUUCUUUCCCACCUGCCAACCUCCCACCAGUUGUUCACAUCGGCACGGCUUCAUUAGCGGAAGAUUCAUACCCUGUUUGACACAUCUUAGCUGAGAGAUGUGACUGGCCCAAGGCUGACCCAAUGAUUUCCAUGGCUGGGGGAGAAUUGGAACCUGGGUCUUCCCAGUCCUAGUUUGACACUCUUAGCUGCUCAACCAUCCUGGCUUAGUGCUAACUGAAAUUGUCCCACUGCCAAUGAUUUUUAUACUAUUUUUCUUUCCUGCCGGUCAGAGAAGCAGAAUAAGAUCUUCACUGGUUACAGUUUUGCAUUUUGAUACUCUAGACAGCAUCUUUUGAGCAUGGGCAGCAUUUUAUAAAAUAGCUUAGAUUAUCUAGGGUAUUUCUACUUGGGGCCCCACCCCCGGCAAUACCUUCCCCUCUCUCAUAUGUGAAGCAGCAGCCAUCAAUUAUUUCAGAUGUCUUUGGGAAAUGUAUCUUUCUGCCCAGGCUUUCCCAAACCCACAAGACUGGACCGUGUUUUAUGCAUUUGAAUUCUCGGGUGUGUGUGUGUGUGUGUGUGUGUUUUAUAUGCUUUAUAUGUGUUCUAUAUGCUGUUAUAAGGGAUGCAGGUGGCACUGUGGUCUAAACCACUGAGCUUCUUGGACUUACUGAUCGGAAGGUCAAUGGUUCAAAUCUGUGCAACAGGGUGAGCUCCUGUUGCAACUUCUGCCAACCUAGCAGUUUGAAAGCAUACCAGUGCAAUAGAUAAAUAGGUACUCCUGUGGCAGAAAGGUAAACGGCGUUUCCGUGCGCUCUGGUUUCCGUCAAGGUUUUCCGUUGUGCCAGAAGUGGUUUAGUCAUGCUGGCCACAUGACCUGGAAAGCUGUCUUCGGACAAUCACUGACUUGCUCGGCCUGAAGCGAGAUGAGCGCCACACCCCAUAGUCACCUUUGACUGGACUUAACCGUCCAGGGGUCCUUUACCUUUUUUUUGCCUAUACAGUAUGCUGUUAUACUGAUUUUUAGGUUUUCUUUUUGCUUUUGUUUUAAUGACAUAUUGUUUGUUUUUUACACUGUACACCGCUUAGAGAUUUUGGAAAUACUAAGUGGUAUGUAAAUGCUUUUAAAUAAAGAAUACGAUUUUGUAACCCUUAACAACAACCUUGUAAGGUAGGUCAAUAUAAUUAUCCCAAUUUUGGAGGGAGCGGUAGGCUGAGAGAUAGAGAAGAGCUUGCCUAAGGCAGGAGUAAAAUCAAAGUGGUGUAUUUCCUUAUUAGUAGCUCAUGCAAGGCAGCUUUCUAGCCUUGUUAUAUAACUUUACAGAACCUCUAGGCUUACAUGUGCAAAAACCUGGGCAUGCAGGAAAAUCUGAAGUGUUUUUAAUUCUGGUUUUAUAGGUGCUAGGGAAUAUGUACCCUUUGUGAUUACAAGUUUCCAAAAUAUUCAGUGGGUUGUGUUACCCACAACAGACAAAGUGAGAAGAGUGAUUUGAAGCACAGCAUGUUCCUUUCUUUCCCAAACGCUUUCUCUCUUAAAAAAGGAAAAGGCUUAAUUAGAUUAAGAUCAGCUCUUGAUAAAAAGGUCAACAGCUGUCGGAGCCAAGCUGUCAUGCCUCUUCAGUUGUUUGUGGUUCAGUGUGGCUGAUGGAACACCCCUUUUCAAUGUAAAACACACUGUCAUAGCGAACUUUUGACUUGAAGGCUUCACUAAGCUCCCUUUACAGGGCUCACUUUUUAUGUUCCAUUUGGUGGAGAUAUUUUCCAUAUAUGUUGCAUUUUCCAACAUAGCACCUUUCACGACUGCUGCAUCAGAUCAUUUUUGUUUGUGGUGUUAGGCAAUGAUGCCUAACGUGAAGUAGCAGUAGUUGGUGUGUGUGUGUGGAUUCAAUUCAGUUUGGCAUUUGAAAGCGAGCUUACAAUAUUUGCACUUUCUGACAUAGGCAAAGCAAAAACAACUAUCUUUCAAAAUUUGUGCUUUCCCAAAUUUUACAACGCAGUUCUCCAGCCACAAGUAAUGUACAAAGUUCCACACAUACUAGGGAAAUGUUAUCCAGCCCUGGGUCUCCAGUUGUUGUCAAACAUAUUCUAUUGGAGGUGAUUGAUUUGCAGAAGUGUGGAUGUUAGAGAAAAUGGCACACAAAAACCUGCACAUUACAGGAAAUCCAUACUGAAAUCCAAAGCUGUCAACUUUUCCCUUUUCUUGCGAGAAAUCCUAUUCGGAAUAAGGGAAUUUCCCUUUAAAAAAAGGGAAACGUUGACAGCUAUGACUGAAAUCAUGAUAAAUUUUCAUGAGAACCUUUAGAAAAAUAAUGAUGCACAAACUGAUGUGGAAAUCUGGGGACUGAGAAAAUGAGAAAAGUGAGAGAAACAGAAAAUGAUUUAAUUUUCCAUGCCUACUUGACAAGUAGUGGGACGUGGGUGGCGCUGUGGGUUAAACCACAGAGCCUAGGACUUGCCAAUCAGAAGGUCAGCGGUUCGAAUCCCCACGACGGAGUGAGCUCUCGUUGCUCGGUCCCUGCUCCUGCCAACCUAGCAGUUCGAAAGCACGUCAAAGUGCAAGUAGAUAAAUAGGUGGUGGGAAGGUAAACGGCGUUUCCGUGCGCUGCUCCAGUUCACCAGAAGCGGCUUAGUCAUGCUGGCCACAUGACCCAGAAGCUGUAUGCCGGCUCCCUUGGCCAGUAAAGCGAGAUGAGCGCCGCAAAACCAGAGUCGGUCAUGACUGGACCUAAUGGUCAGGGGUCCCUUUACCUUUACCUUACUUGACAAGUAACGCCUAACUUGGCAGUGGCAUACAACCUUUUCCUUUUGCAAAAUUUAAAACUAAAGAGAAGCAUUGUGUUCCUCACCACCAUCUUUGUGUUUCCCACUUUCUCUCCCCUUUAGAUUCAGGAUGAUGACAUCUUCAGCUAG